AGUGUUCAACCAUAAGGACAGUGAGAGUCAUUUUGUCGAAAUCCACCGCUGGCGUUGAGCUGACGCCUUUAUUUUGAAUUCACACGGUAUACAAAUUCUAGGGUUUUUCCUUCUCCCGCUCUGCAACCUAAACCUUCGUCUUCCAAUACAUUCAGGGUUGAGAAAGAAAGAGGAUGAGUACGGCAAUGAGAACCCCGAAAACUGGAAGACAGUCAUUGUUCUUCCAGGAUUUAGCUACACCUAUAUCGUCCCGAAAAUCAGGGUCGAAAUUCAAUACUCCAGGACAGGCAGCAGCUGUUUCGUCAUUAUGGCGUGAGAAUUUUGCUACUUCAGAUCUACCACCACCGCCUGUAUUUACUCUUGAGGAUCGAUCGGAUGUUUCUCCUGAAUCGGGGAUUCUUGAUUAUGUUGCUUCGCCUGAAGUGAAAUCGGACCCUAGAACGCCGGUGCAAGCUUCAGGGAGGGAGUUUUCGACACCUAAGAGUAAGUCUGAGGCAAGUACUUCGUAUGCGUUGAUGGGUAAGCAGCAGCAACAGAGUCAGCAAAGCCCGUUGACAGGUUUGACGUGGUGGUCACCCGCGAAGGGUAGUGGUGGUAGUGCUGAGCAGGAUGACAAGGGAAAAGGUUCACCAGUAGAAGGCGUCGUUCAUCCUGGUGCUUUGAUAACCUUACCUCCACCAAGGGAAGUUGCAAGGCCAGAGGUCAGGAAUAACACAUUUCCUGUGGGGAACCUCAAUGAGGAAGAAUGGGUCACAGUUUAUGGAUUUUCCCCAAUUGACACCAAUGCAGUUUUACGGGAAUUUGAGAAAUGUGGUGUCAUUUUGAAGCACAUUCUGGGCCCCAGAGAUGCUAACUGGAUGCACAUUCUCUAUCAGAAUCGUGCUGAUGCUCUGAAAGCUCUUAACAAAAACGGUAUGCAGAUAAAUGGAGUUCUUAUGAUUGGGGUUAAACCAGUGGAUCCAGCACAGCGUCAGGCACUUGAUGAUAGGCUCAACAAGCAAGGAUUUAUUCCUUUACCACAUGCUCAGUCCAGUAAAAAUAAUGAUCCUUCUCCAUUUAGAACCUCCUCGCAGCCUUAUUAUCUCCAAAAUGGCAGCAACAGUGCAAAGCAAUCAUCUGGAUCUGUUGCUACCCCAGCAAGAUCUGUUGUGUCUAAAAUUGUGGACUUGAUGUUCGGUGUCUAAACUUCAAUGGUUCUUGUUGUUCUAUGCUUUUAUGUUAUUAUUACUCAAUGAUGGCAAAUAUCAAAGUUGAUCCAUCCGGAAUGCAUAUUGACCCCAAGCUACAGUUGAGUCAUGCUAUGUGAUUCUUACUCCCUUGCUUCCCCUUCCCUUCUCUCUAUCUCUCCUCCAAAUGCUUGUUCAUGGUGUGUAUCAUGUGAGCAAAGACUGGUCCUUUUACAUUUUUGGAAAAAGAGGGGUUGUAAUGCAGAUAUAGAAAUUUACCUUUCA